CUUUAUCAGUGGAAACAUCCUUUUAUAGCAGCACCAUCUCGUGCGUUGUAGCUGGAGGAGAUUAUUUGGGGAAGUUGUGACGUAACCUGGAGCUAAGUGGAGAGAAAAAACAGUCGAUCUCGCAAGAGGAACACACACAGGGAUAGAGAGAGAGACGUGCAGACAUUUUAUCGCCUGCAAGUGUUUUUGAUGUUUAUAGAUUAUCAGAUUGGAGAGCAAACUAGAUGGAAAGAACCUGCGCAGCCAGGUCUUUGCUCAGUUUGAUUUUGUUUGCCUUCAAAGAAAAGUCAAGGGAAAUUGCCAUCCACGGUGCCUUUGAUUUGAAACAAAAUUGUUUUCAAGAGGUACGACGCGCACAUGAAGAAGAACAGGGAUUAUCCAGAAGAUGCAUAGUGUAUGAAACUGGCAGCUCUCGUGCGUAAAUGGCAAGAGUUGCAUUGGACUGAAUCAAGAGGGAAAGAGAGAGUGUGAGAUUGGCGACACAGAGCGAGGGAAAGUGAUGGAACUACGGAGCAAAAUAGGGAAGAAUCGGGAAAGAGAGAUAGAGCGCGACUGAGAGAGAGAGAGAGAGAGAGAGGGAAAACGCGAGAGAGAGAGAGAGAGAGAGAGGGAGAGGGGCUGCAAGGCGACUAGGUUGGCAGUAUUCGCCUCUGCCUCUCCAGCAGUGGGAGAGAGGUGCGUAACAUGCAGCCGAGAGCGGUGAUCAUCAUCUGCGCGCCGCAUCGCCGUGGACCGCCGUGCGCACUAGAAGACGGAGACACACCGAGGGGCGCAGCCCGCUCUGCCGAACCUGUCGUGAGCGAGACGCCAGCAAAGCCGACGACAGACUCUUGAAGAAAAAAAAAGAAGGAAGAGAAGAAGAAGUCGUGUGAGGAAAGAUGUCAGCCCUUGAGACGGUGAUUGGGGGUUAAUCGCCCUGCUGUCUUUGGAGCCACUCUGACGCACCGGCGGCGAAGCAAGAGCGCAUAUUUUUGUUGAAUCCCAGCCCACUUUAUCACACCUAAAGCGGACUAUCAAGUGAGGAUUUUGCAUGAAGGGGGACGAAUGCUGAAUUACAUGGCCAACAGAAUAUGAGUCAGCGCGUGUCUGUGAGCUGAGGUGGAGUGUGUCUCUCCCGCUGCACGGCUGUCUCGGUCCGACACAAACCUUCCUACGCCAGGAUGCAGCUGCUCAGAGUUGCGUGGGCACUGACUGGAGCGGCGAUCUGCUGCUUUCUCAUUCUCCUUAUUCACUCCCGACUGCUCAAAGAAGGCCAGCUGGCAGCGGGGACAUGUGAGAUUGUGACGCUGGACAGGGACAGCAGCCAACCACGGCGGACCAUCGCCAGGCAGACGGCCCGCUGCGCCUGUAAGAAGGGCCAGAUCGCUGGAACUACAAGAGCUAGACCUGCCUGUGUGGACGCUGGUAUUGUUCGAAAAAAGCAGUGGUGUGAGAUGGUGCCAUGUUUGGAGGACGAAGGCUGUGACCUGUUAGUCAAUAAAUCCGGCUGGACUUGUACACAGCCCGGAGGCCGAGUCAAAACCACCACGGCUCUAUGACGCGACAAGAGUCCCCCUCGACACUCUUGCACUAUGGAGAGCAUUGAUGACCCCUUGACAGACAGCCAAAAACCAUCUACCAACACCACCCUACCACCACCACCACCAACAUCACAACAACUCCACCCAAACCCUGGUCCCGCAAAGGCAGGAAGCAACACAAGCAGCUACAGAGCACCAAGGGCCUCACGGAGGCAGCAAGGUCUCAUAACACAGCCAGCGAUGGGAAAACCAGGGAGUGACUAUUUGAGGGAGCGAGCUCUCCCCUGGACACUGGACAAACUACUUGCUGUAAAACACUUUCUAUUUCCUGUGACUGGCUCCUCUGGGUUUGUAACUGCUCCCUCCUGCUAUCUGUCGUUGGGUCAAAAUGUUGCGUCCACCUCCUCUCCACUCUAUCUGCCUGCUCUGUGAAGUUAGCAGCGCCUGCUCGUGCCACGGAGGAUCAGACACCUUAAAAUCCCAUGAAUGGUUUUUGCCUCAUUGGAAGUUUGAAACUGCUAACUGCUUUGAACAAGGGAUUUCCCACAUCACACCCUCGCCUCUGGAGCAGGAGUUGAAGAGCAAAGACGGGAUCAUUACAGACCAGACCCUGUUGCUUGUCGGACCCCCUUGUGAGGCCGUAAAAACCGAACUGAGCGCGCUCCGCUGUGAAUAGGCCUUCUGCUGGAGUAAACCUCCCAUAUUUUUAUAGACCAAAGAACAAAACAACAAAUACGAUCAUUAUGACAGAGUGGACCAUCUGGCAAUGACGCACAGAGACUUUGUGAACUUGCUGUUUGUGUCGACUGACCAACGACUGCCCCCACAGAGACACGGUGCACAAGUUGAUCGAACCUUGCGUCUGGUGGCAUAUGUACCGUACACAAUCAAAGGAGUACUUUUAAAACUUUCCAGACAUUUUUUUCUCAGACUAAGCCCACCACUGUAUUUUGGAACUGGAGAUAUAGGUACUACAUACGUAUAACUGUGUAUCAAAAAAGAAAUCUGAUUUGCAUUUUUCAGUAGCUACAGUUGGGACAGCUUGCAGGAUUUUGUCAUGUUGGUCACGGAUAAGUAGUGCAAAUCAUAUCAAAGAGAUGAUAUCUACAGAGAGUAUAAAUGCUGUUGAGUGAAAAGAAAGAGUAAAGAAAUGUCAUUAAAUGUAUUUUGAAAGGCCCUAAAAAGUUAUAUAUUUAACAGUUUUAUAUGUUGUACCUUUGUAGAGAAGCUUAUUGGACUUGUGGUCACAAUGGCAGUUUAGUAGGAUGUGAACAAACGCUGUUGUUCUCAUUACUGCUGGCUCGUAGUCCCAGGUUUUCUGUUCACACCUCAGUAGCCGCUUUCUUUUCAUGGUCAUCUACAAGUCACUGUCUAUUAGAACCAUUAAUGAAAAAAAGGAAAGUGACACCAUUUAUUGAGGACUGAUCUGCAGCCAACUGAACAUUGUAAAUCUAUGGUAGUCAGUGGAAGCCAUUGAAAUCUGCUAAUUUGCUAUGAUAUUGUAUUGUACACGGUGUGGAAUACUGACUCAUUUCCUCUCUAUGGGUUUUGAUCUCUUAAUUUAUUUUUGUGCUUGUGUUUGUUCGCACAAAUCUGGCCUCUCUCUGAUGGCGAUGAACACAACGAGGAGAGAGAGAGAAAGCCGAGGAAGCGUCGCAGAAGUAUUAGAGUCAUUUACAUACAUUUUUUAUCAUGAAAUAUUUUAAGAAUAAAUUAAAAACAUGAAAAGAAACGUCCCCUGCAAAUUUAGAUGGUCUUGGUGUUCAAGGUCAUCAAAGUAAAAAUUCAUCAAAAUCCUCUUAUUCUGGUCUUACAUUUCAUGACUGUAUGUGUUCUGUCACACAGAAAGUGACUAAAAAUGAAAAGUUCCCUUUUCUUUCCCAGGUGAUCAGGUGGGUUUAUGACCAGAUCGUUUCUGGCUUGAAGUAUUAAGACGCUCAGUGGGAAAACAAAUGUGAUGGAAAGGCAUAAAGAUAUUUUUUGCAUUUCUUAGUUCUUUCCGACACUACUGACAAAGAAACUUUUUCCCCUAAACUAACCACGUAGUUUUUUAUUAAAUCGUGAGUCUCGACCAAACCAUUGAGAUGUCCAUCUACAGCAAAAGUGCACUUUCAGCAACCUGCAUACAUUUGUCUCCAUUAAAGUCAAAUAAAAUCCACUUUUUUCUUUAAAAUGUUUUAUUCCAUGGUAAUAUUCAACUCUGUAAAAAAAAAAAUGUAAGUAAUAGCACCUUUACUAUCAAUGGACAUCGCAACCAACAAUUAGUAGAGCAAGAGUAUUCAUAUACAUAAUUCUGUUCUGUAAUCCUUCUGAAACUAAACUACACCAAAAACAUAAAUAGGUCACAUGCCAGGAGUGAUUUUUGUAUUCUAACUUCUUGGAAGGAAGCAACCUAAAAAGGUCUGGUAUUGGUUUUGGGCCUAACAUCGUUCAACAGAGUGGUAGAGAUGGCUCAGUUAGGUUGAGUUGAGUACAUCUAAUUUUUCAACACGGUAACUCACUCAAACAUCACACUCAUAAUGUGCUCUACCAAACAGUAGAACAUACUAUUAGAGGGUUAAACAGCUCAUCCUGUUGUGGGUCACAGGGGACUUGAGCCAAUCCCAGCACACACAAACAGAGGCCUGGACAAAAAAGAGUUUACAUGCACACUAAAUAUUUCCAGGGGAAAUUAAUGUUUAAAAAACAUGAGAGAAGAUUUCUGUACAAGGUAUCAAGAAAAUAUGUCUUUCAAGGUAAUUAAAGGACAGUUUAUUUGUAUAGUCCAAUGCCACAAAAAUGCCUCAAUGUGCUUUACAGGUCUGCAUCAGCAGUGGUUUCUGACCCAGCACAAUAAAAAUAAAAAAAAACCUCAGGAGAGGCAAUUUACAGAAA